AUGAUCAUAAAACAUAAAACGUACAAUAGCUUUGUAGAAACCUCAUUGUUAUUGUGAUCUAUGUUCCUCAGCAUUCAUGGCUUUGAAUGUGAUGCUUCUUCUUAUUCUGAGCCUUGUUUUACAAGGUUUUGUAAUACCAACCUGUCAUAGCCAGACCAAUACACCUCAGAACAUUGAAACUUUCUAUCCAACCCAAACUUCUGAACCAACCCUCACAACUCAACCUCCUGAGCUACCACCAUCACCAGGACCAGUGGCUGCAACACAAACUUCUUCCUCAUCAUCCAGUAGAAAGGUAGCAAAAGCUGUGGCUGCAACUGCAGCAGGUACUGUAGUUCUUUCUGGUAUGAUUUUCCUCUUGGUUCAAAGGUGCUUCAGAGCAAGGAGGAGAAAGAAGGUGACAAACACUGCUUCUGCUGCAGAAAGGCGUGUGGUGCCUCAGGUACACGUGUUUGAGAGAAUGGAGGGACAUGUCAAGGGAUUGAUUGUUGAUGAGGAUGGUUUGGAUGUGGUUUAUUGGAGAAAGCUUGAAGGUAAAAACACAACAGACAAGGAUUUCCAAAGGGGGGUCUUGCAUAGCCCCAAAGACAAAGAAGAAUAUGAUCAUGGGAAAAGAUCUGAGUCCAUUCAAGAAAUUUCUCUCCUUAGAGAGAGACCUUCAUCUUCCCACAUGAAUAUAUUUCCUCCAGAAGAUUCAUAUACAAUCAUGAGUAUUCCACCACCUGCUCCUCCUAUAUUUCCUCCAGAAGAGUCACCAUAUACAAUCAUGAGAAUUCCACCUCCUGCUCCUCCUCCUAAUGUUCCUUCAUCAUUUGGAAGCUCUUCUACAAAAUCAUUUUCUCCACCUUUUUCCCCUUCAUCACCAAAACCAUUCUCCAAUUCUUUCUCAUCAAUUCCAAAAAUGACAAAUCCUUCACCACCUCAAACAACUCCUGAUAAAAAGAAUCAAUUACCAACACCAACACCACCACCACCAAUUCUUGGUGGAAAAAGCUCAUCACCACCACCAAUCCUUGGUGGAAAAAGCUCAUCACCACCACCACCUCCACCCCCACCAAUCCAAGGUGAAAAAAGCUCAGCAGCAGCAGCACAAGGUGAAAAAAGCUCAGCAGCAGCAGCAGCAGCAGCACCCCCACCACCACCAAUCCAAGGUGAAAAAAGCUCAGCAGCAGCAGCAGCAGCAGCACCCCCACCACCACCAAUCCAAGGUGAAAAAAGCUCAGCAGCAGCAGCACCACCCCCACCACCACCAAUCCAAGGUGGAAAAAGCUCACCACCACCACCACCACCUCCACCACCACCAAUCCAAAAUAAAAAGAACUCAGCAGCACCACCUCCUCCACCACCAAUUUCUGCUAGAAAGAGUCCAGCACCACCUCAUCGUCCAUCAAAGGCAAGUGGUAUGAAGUCAUCAUCAAAACCACCACCUACCCCUAUUGGAAGUGCAUCAGUUACCUCAAGUAAGCAAGGCAACACUUCACCUGAGGUAAAACUGAAGCCCUUACAUUGGGAUAAGGUGAAUACCAACCUUGAUCACUCUAUGGUGUGGGACAAACUUGGCCGUGGUUCUUUCAGGGUUGAUGAUGAUCUUAUGGAAUCUCUCUUCGGGUAUGUUGCCACCGGCCGAAAUGAUAAUACCCCAAAAGUAAAUAACUCAAUCAGUCCUAGAAAGGAUGGUUUGGCUCCAUCAGCAAAUGCUUCCCUUCUUGAUCCCAGAAAAUCACAAAAUAUUGCUAUUGUUUUGAAGUCUCUGGCAGUCUCGCAUAUGGAAAUUAUUGAUGCACUGACUGAUGGUCAUGGUCUUAACACAGACACCAUUGAAAAGCUUGGCAGAGUAGCUCCAACAGAAGAAGAACAGAUGCUUAUACUUGCAUAUGAAGGAGACCCUUCAAAACUUGCUGCAGCAGAAUCUUUCCUACAUCACAUCCUCAAAGUUGUUCCUUCAGCAUUUAAGCGCUUGAAUGCUUUAUUAUUCAGGUUGAAUUAUGAUUCUGAAAUGGUAGAAAUCAAGGAGUUUUUGCAUACCCUUGAGCUGGGGUGCAAGGAGCUUCGAAACCAAGGAAUUUUUUUGAAGCUUCUCGAAGCAGUGCUUAAGGCUGGAAACCGCAUGAACGCAGGCACUAACAGGGGUAAUGCUCAAGCUUUCAACCUGGCUUCUCUAAGAAAGCUCUCUGAUGUCAAGAGCACUGAUGGAAAAACAACAUUGCUCCACUUUGUGGUUGAAGAAGUAGUGCGUUCUGAAGGUAAACGCGCCGUACUUAACCGCAAUCACAGUUUGAGUCGUAGUAGCAGCAGGAGCAGCAACAACAGUGGAGACUCGGAGAACUCUUCUGCUUCAAAUGAACAAAGACAAAAGGAAUAUAUAACACUAGGAUUGCCAAUUGUAGGAGGGAUCAGUUCUGAGUUUACCAACGUAAAGAAGGUUGCGGUUGCAGAUUACAACAGUUUUGUUGGCUCAAUCUCAGCGCUCUCAGCCAGGAUAGUUGAGACUAGAGAACUUGUUUCCCAGUGUGGAAAUGAUAAGGGAGGAAACUUUGUGAGAGAAAUGAACCAUUUUCUUGAAAAUGCUGAGGAGGAACUUCGGUUAGUGAGGGAGGAGCAAACAAGGGUAAUGCAACUUAUGAAAAGAACAAUAGAAUAUUAUCAAGGGGGAGCUUCAAAAGAUAGUGCACAACCUUUUUAUCUAUUUGUCAUAGUUAAGGAUUUUCUGGGAAUGGUUGAUCAAGCAUGCAUUGAGAUUGCUCGUAACAUGCAAAAGAGGAAGACACCUAAGGUUAUCCAAGUCUAGCAUUUGCCUAACAAAUUUAACCAUUUUUAUUGGACCAUUUGCCUAAUGGAGCUGAAGUGCUAAAA